AUGGAUACUCCAGUAUUGGUGGUCGUCCGUUUGAUCGAUAUUGACGACGCUACCGACAACAGAAAGCGCCGCGAGCUCCUGGUGCGAAUAACCCGAGAACACACCGUGCUCCACCUCGUGAACGCUAUACGCCAACACGUCAGCACCAGCGUCUUCUGGAUCGAAUACAAACAGCACAAUUUGGACGACGAAUGGCAGAUUGGUGAUAUCAUCGAUAACCACGCGGGAUUUGCCCAGGGAUUCUCCUUCCGCUACCGCGACGAUGGCUUAAACACAUUUGCCGCUGCUCCUGACACGUUUGUGUGUGUGUGCCAGGAAAAUAAGAUUGUACCGGGGCAAGUGUUUCCUCUCGACACCCCUAUGGCGGAGAUCAAGCGCGAUUUUGGUUUGGCCAAUGUGGCGUGGAGUUAUAAUGGUCGCAGGGUCACCGACCACGAUAUUGAAUUAUCAGACGUCGUGGGGCUUGAUGUCGCUCCAUUGAGCGGAGCCUUCUUCGAUAUAUUACGUGCAGAGGUGGGUCCUGACUUCACCUUUGAGAUUUUCACUAACGCCAGAGACCCCCCCAUCUUGUUCACCAUCGCCGCCGACAAAACUGUGGUGGAGAUGAAGGCUGCCAUGCGCCAAGUUUUGGGAGUUGAACUGGUAGACUUUUUGGAGUACCAUGAUGAUUUCGACCACCAGCCUGUAUAUCAAUAUUUCAGUCGAAACCCACCCAAUGUGCCCAUCAAAUUAGCCGUGCAGACCUCACAACGCGACGACAGCGAGAAGUUCGUGCCCAUUGAACCCCUCAGAGUUGUAGUUGAUGACAAAACUAUGGACUUGACGGGGAAACUGUUCGAACAAGUGCGCUAUGGUGAUACGGUAAGACUCAUGCCGCAAGACGAACUUUCGUCUACGUUCUACAGAAUCAGUCUCGAAUACGAGGGUGAAGUAAAGGAGGUUGAACUCAACGAAUCUCAAGCUAUUAUCAUCGAGACGUCCCCUGGAGCACCAUACUUGCUUUUGUCUCCCAGCGGUGCUCUGAAAGUGCACGCUGCAUUCCGUGGAUCGGAUGGUGAGACACUUCUACAACAUGUCAAGGUCAGUUUGUUUGAAUCGCCGAACCAGCACUACCAUCAUGAUGACAACCACGGCGAACCCAACGCACCUGAGGCGGCAAAUGAUGGUGGUUUCUGGAUUUCUCUUCAGGCAUUUUCUGAGUUUGCUCGAAGAGCAAGCGAGGUGGCUGGUCCCAUCAUCGAACGCGUCUUCAUGUACGGUCUUGGCAUCUUGAUUUUCGCCAACAUGUUUGGAAUCAGCAUGUUCCUGCGAUUCUGGUACUAUGCGGCGGGCAUUGCGACUGUGGCUGCCUCAUUCUUUGCCGUCUUCGUAGCCGGUGAAAAUGUCGCUGAUUUCUUGGAAAGCCUUCUUCCUGAACGUCCCCAGGCUCGCCGUACAAGCUACGAGCGAGCGAUCCAAUAUGUAGCCCGUACGGUUCGUCUAAUCCUGCGGACCACUCAGCAGACAUGUACUCUGAUCCGAACAGAGAUUGUCCGCAUGGUGGUUCGUCGUCCGUACGACUUUGAGCUCAUUAUCAACAGAGACCGCAAUGUGUGGUACCGUUUUGCGACGUGGUUGCUGAUCUUGUUCAAGGAUUUCCUCGUAUUCAUAAUCACGUUGUUUCCACAAUCGGCCGUCAUUGUCGCUGAGGAACAAAGCCUUUGGGCCGCCGAGGAGUUCGAUGCCUUGAAACGACAGACUAAGCAUUUCGCUAGCACGGUUGAUCUUCUUAUCGAUACGUAUAACCAGAAGUUCACCCCCGACUACCAGCUCAUCGAUGGCUGCGAUUAUAACCAGGUGGAGGUUGCGGUGAACACCGAGGAUGACGGUGAAGAGGUGCGAGAACGUAAAUACUGUUUACUCAUCGACUGCUACCGAGCGUACUCCCACGCCUAUAAUUCAUUGAACAAGGCAUUGAGUACCAAGACCCCGUUGGAAGGCGGACGUCUUCGUGAACAGAACUAG